AUGGUACAGAUUCGAUGUAUUGGAACCAGUUCAAUUAUUUAUUUCACUCUUUGUGUCGGAUUGUUUGUCUUGACAACAUUUACAAAUGCCAAUGUAAUAAAUGAGGAAGAUGAUGAACCUAUCAGUGAGAACGCAAAACAUUGGUAUCCAGCGUUGUUGAGGUCGGAACCGCAAUUUGGAUUUGAACGUGGUUCUCGUUCUCAUGGCAAGCCAACAUUUAUCCGUUUUGGCAAGCGAUAUUUCGAUGCUUACAAUCCUAAUCUUUUCAACAACAAAUGA